GCAGAAAGUUGCUGAAGAAAGAAGAUAGCUGAAUAAGAAUAUCUGAAUGAAUACGCCACGAAAUUUAAAGAAAACAAAUAAAUACUAUUAGUGCGGACUGAAGAUCUGUGAAGAAGUGUUGGGAUUAGCGUAGCUCUCCAGCGUGCGAUAGGAGACACUGAAUAGGACAUCUCUCACUGGCCCCUGGCAGGAUAGAGGAGAUAAAUGGAUUGGACAGGGGCACUGGACGGUUGCAAUGUUACUUUAGCUCUGAUUAUUGGGUUCCUGGUUCUGCUGAGCUGGUACUCAGUGUCUGCAUUCUCACAGCUGGAGAGAGUGGGAAUAAAGCAUCCGAAACCUCUGCCACUCAUUGGAAAUGUGCUGCUGUUCAAGGAGGGAUUUUUGAAGGGAGACAAGCACCUGUUGAAGACAUAUGGACCAAUCUGUGGAUAUUACAUGGGGAGGCGUCCUAUGAUUCUGGUAGCUGAGCCGGAGGCCAUCAAAAUAAUUUUGCAGAAAGAGUUUGCUAAUUUCACAAACAGGAUGAAGCUACAUUUGGUUACCAAGCCAAUGAGUGACAGCCUCCUGUGUCUGCGUGACGACAAGUGGAAGAGUGUGCGCAGUGUUCUGACACCUUCCUUUAGCACUGCUCGCAUGAAAGAGAUGUGUCCGCUAAUCAACCAGAUCUGUGACACAUUGGUGAACAAACUGCAGGGAUAUGCAGACUCAGAAGAGCCGUGUAAUGUCCAAAGAUCUUAUGCAUCUUUCACCAUGGACAUAGUGGCGAGUGUAGCGUUUGGUACAAAGCUGGACUCACAAGAAGACCCUGACCAUCCCCUAGUGAGACACUGCAAAAUGUUUUUGGAGCUUUUUACUCCCUUCAAGCCUCUGGUCAUGUUGACCCUGGCAUUUCCGUCUAUCAUGAUUCCCAUUGCCCGCAGGAUUCCUAAUAAGAAGCGAGACCAGAUAAACCAUUUUUUCUUCAAGGUCAUUAGGGACAUAAUUGCUGACAGGGACCACCAACCAGCUAAUGAGAGACGCCGUGACUUCCUGCAGCUCAUGCUGGAUGCCAGAAACAUUGACAGCAAGGUCACAGUGGAUCAUUUUGAUAUAGUAAACCAAGCUGACCUUUCUGCCCCAGAGAGUAUACAGCAACCCAAGAAAACAAGCACAAAUCUGACUGAGGAUGAAAUAUUGGGCCAAGCUUUAAUCUUUCUUAUUGCCGGUUAUGAAACAUCCUGCAGCCUCUUGUCAUUUGCUACGUAUCUACUGGCCACUCAUCCAGAGUGUCAGGAGAAACUGCUGAGAGAGGUGGACGAGUUUUCCAACAAGCAUGACACAGCUGAUUAUUAUACCGUACAUGAUCUUCCCUACAUGGACAUGGUAAUAUCUGAGACGCUACGCAUGUAUCCUCCUGCAUUCAGAUUUGCCAGGGAAGCAACUCACGAUUGUACAGUACUGGGUCAUAAAAUCCCAGCUGGCGCUGUGGUGGAAAUCCCCAUUGGAUGUAUACAAAUGGAUCCCCGGUUUUGGCCUGAGCCUGAGAAAUUUAGGCCAGAAAGGUUCACCAUGGAGGAGAAGAAGAAACGACACCCCUUUACAUACCUCCCCUUUGGGGCCGGACCCCGUAGCUGCAUUGGGAUGAGGCUUGCUAUUCUAAAUGCUAAGAUAACCCUUUUUCGUGUUCUUCAGAAGUUUACCUUCCAGCAAUGUCCUCUUACUCAGAUCCCUCUCCAGAUCACUGCAGUGAGCACUCUGAGACCUAAAGACGGAGUGUACGUAAAGGUUCUAGCCCGUUAACCCUAUCAGCAUAACCUUCCUCUCUGCCAACCCAGGAUUCAGUUGGUGUAUUCAGGAGAUGGCAAAUUGUAAUAUAAAGUCACUUGAUACUACAGUAGCAAAAAUAAAAUGUGCUUAAAAACAGAAUGCUCUGUAAACCCUAUUAAGCUGUGAAAGAAACAGUACUGGACAUGCUAUUAUAUCUAUGUUGUGUAGUAAAUAUUGUGACCUUAAGGUAAAUGAAUAUCAGCUGAAAUUCCUGAUUGUUUUUUUUUUAUCAAAAGGUGAACAUAUUCCUUUAUAUUUGUUACUGCCUAUUUGUAAAAUGCAUUUUAUAUAAAAACAGAUUUUUGGUUUGUGC